AGGUCUGUGGAUGCUUUCAUAAUCGUGCCAAAUAGCUCGUGUCUAGACCAAUCGUAAAAUUUAUAAAAUAUCUGAUAUGGAUUUUUUUCGCGCCGGCGCGAACGUCGAACUGGCAAAGCGUGCGUUUUGCACGUCUUGUUACUUGUUAGAGAUUUUUGUACAUUUCGUAAAACCAAUAACGCGCAUAAUACAAUGUUUAGAUACUGGAAAGAUAGAGAUUAAUAAACAGAUACCUUGGAUUUUGGAAGAAUUAUAAAUUAGUUUUGUGAACAUAAAUAAUGUGUUUUCAUGUAUAAUCAGAAAACGAAAAUGGUAGUGUAAUUUCUGUGUAAUAAGUAAGUAGCGGUUGUAGAAAAUUAAUUGCGGGAAACAGAAUGGGAUCCAUCGUUUUAAAAAGCUUAUCCAUUCUCUUGGGGAUCUUCUUCAUAUUUGUUGGAAUAACUAAGCUAUCACCUUUUAUUUCAAAGGAAUUGCAUAAAGAUUUGAGAAAAGAAUAUGUGAGGUACGCAAAAGUUUUUCCAUUCUCGGAAAUGUUGGAUUUUAAAUUACCGUCGAAAUGGUAUCGCAGGACUGUUGGUGGCCUAGAAAUAUUGUUUGGGCUGGCAUUGGCAACUAUACCUAGUCAUAAGAUAAAGAACACAGCAAACAUAGGACUAGUAUUUCUAAUGAUCCUGGCCGCAUAUUCCCACAUCGUGGUCGGUGAUCCAUUCGACCGAUGCGCACCAGCAUUGGUUUUCUUCUUCAUGCUCACCGGAAGGCUUGUAGUCUGGUACCAAACCAGUCGCCGUGAAGAGUUAGAAAAAACUGCCGCAACACAGAAUGGAAAUGGACUCAAGAGGGAGUAAAAGCAGGAGAAGGUCACUUUAGUAGCGGUGUUGUUCAUAGAUAUCAAUAUCAAGAAAUUAAAGUUAAUAGCACAAAUUUUUACACCGUUUAAUGAAUAACCAAUAAAAAAUUAUUUUGCUUAAAGGUUCUGUGAUGAUUACUAGUCAUUUAAAUAAAAUCAGAGCCACAUAAGUUCUUUAAGUUAUUUUAUAUUCUUUGCACAUUAUUCAACCUCGAGCACAUGCGUCUUUUAAUAAGGCAAAUGUCUUAUAAAAGUUUUAAUUAACGCUAUACAUAUAGAAAACGCCAUAGAAUUCAUACCCAAAAGUGAUAUUAAUUUAAGCGAUAUUUAUUAGGUUCAUCUUGUGUGAUUGUGAUUUGUGAGCGUAGAAUGUGUUGUUUAAAGUUUUAUAAUUAAUUUUACUCUUAAUAAUUAUAAACCGGAUUAUAUACAAUAUAUUAAUUUUGUCAAUUUUAUUUUAUAACGGUUGUUAAUUGCCUCUAUUGUUCUAAAUUUUAAACCUGCUGUUAGUGUUUCUUUCAUCCAUUAAUAUACAUAUUUUGUAUAAGUAAUAUUUCAAACUUAUCAUAAUAUAUAGGCUAAUGCCAGUGCGAACAAAAAAAAUACUAACCACCUAUAUUAUAUACAGGGAAUUAAUAUUUUAUUAUUUAUGGUUACGAAUGUAGACAGCCUUUCCAUACGUUUUAUUUAUAUAUAUCUUUUCUAAGCAUAAUUGAAGCCAUAUUACAAUCUGGUUAUGUUGCAUAUAAUCCGGUGUUUACUUACAUUUACAUAGAAUGUAGGUUCACAAACUGCCACUUUACGGUAGGUAUUAAUAUACCUACCGUAGUAGUAGUACUCUGUAUGUAUUUGAAUUAUUAACUAAAAUUUUAUUUAAAUAUCCACGACAUAUUUUUGCUCAAUUGUAAUAUCUAGUAAAUUAAUUGGAAGUUGGAAGACCAAUUGGUAAAACUAAAAGAUUUUUAUUUGCAACAUGUAAUGGCAAUACCUUCUAAAAUACCGCGUACCUAUAGGUAUGUGCUCUCUUUGAUUCAUACCACAAUAACAAAAAGCUUUUAGACCAGCCAGUUGUUUUGUAAGUCGUGUUUGGAAUUACAAUUAAUGAAUAAAUGGUUAUAAAAUAUA